AUGCCUGUACGUGUCCCACUAGGGCGUCGCUUCAGCUACAACUAUCUGCCAGGCUCUCUGCCCAAGCCCGGUGCCACCCUCAAGGUUCUCGACACGCAAGCCAACUUCCUCUCAGGCACUUUCCCCACCACUGCACUAGCGCCCAUCGUCUCUCCUUCCGUCGCCAAGGUUCCCAACAGUGCUGCUGCUCCCACACUCACGAUGGCAUCUGCUGCCGUGCCCCUUGAUGCAACCUCUGUGUCAGCGCUGUUGAGUUUAGGGGCGGCUCUCGGGGUCAGAGACACAAACUGGCGCAACGGCAGCAAGUGCAACAUUGAGGGGCAGACCGCCAAUUUCAAGACGUGGCCGGGUGUGUGGUGCAUUGCCAAUGGCACCGUCCUCAACAUCGAUCUGUCAUACAAUAUAUUCUUUGGUCAGCUCUCCAAGCUCGUCUCCAACUUGCUGCCGCUCACCAGCAUGGCUACUCUUCGGCUGGCAGCGAACUACCUGACGGGCACGCUGCUAGCCAUGGCCACGCAGCUGCAGCGCACCUCCGGCUGUGCCGUUUGUGGCUCCGCCACGGGCGCCCCGCCUUUCUGUGCUGGCACCACCUGCACUCCCGAUGUCGCUGCUCGCCUCGCCGCUGGCACCAUCAACAACCCUGCUGCCGCCCUCCCAGCAAUGUUUUGCCAGGCCGUUCUAGUGGAUGACAACUCUGGUGAUGCUGGCGCUGUUGGCACUGAGGGCGGGGCUGGGCGUGAGUGCGAGCAGCUGGGCGGUAGACUCACCCUACAAGCUGGCGGGCAACGCCCCCGCGGUGGACAGCUCGACGGGCGUUGUCUGCGACCUCUCGGCCCAAGUCCUUAG